UCCGGUUUCACGGGAGGGAAGAUGGCGGUGACUGGUGGAGCAGACCCGUUUUAAAUCCUGGUUGGUUCCUGAGCCCUGUUUUCUGGUGUGACCUGCCACGCCCUAGGUGUCUCGGUAUUACUUCCCUCACUUUCUGACCCACCAGUAUUUCUGGCUCAUGGACUUGACUUUGGCAACAGGCUUCAGAAGGAGGCCUAGUGCCUCCUCUUCCCCAGGUGGAGUUGAAGAGACCUCAAAGAGCCCUCCUUCCUACUCACCUUCAUUUUCUGCAUCAUCUCCUUCAACCGGUCCAUCUUCACCAUUGUCUACAUCCUCCUCUAUAUGUGCCAGCACAUCAGUUUAUCCCAGCCAUGUAAAAAGCCAAUUCAAUGGAACAGAGAGAGCCAGGGUUUCCUCCAGCUCUGCCUCUCUAGCUACGCAGUCUCUCUCCAAACCUACAUGCAGUACCACUCCCUCAGACUGUUUGCCUCACACUUUAGUGCAACAAAGUGCUGACUGUGAAAAACAGGAGAGGAAAAGGGUGAUGUACAAUCCUUUCAAUCCAAAUAAUGGAGCAAAAGAAGGAACCGAGAUGAAGGAGGUGGGGGAAGGGGAGAAAUACGAUCCUUUUGACCCCACGGGUUCCCCAGCGUCAGAUGUUGAUGAUGAGAGUGGCAAAGCAAGGGUACUGAAGAGAAACACUAUAAGAGAAGAAAAGGAGAAGGUGGAGGAACCUCCAGACUCCACGGACACCUUCACUGACCUUCCAAGCGCCUGUCUGAGCACUCAGCUCCCUCUGAGGAGGAGGGUGGACUGUAGCACCAUGAAAGCUGAUUCAGAUCACUCUGAGAUAGAGGAGGGCGAGAUAGUUGGAGCCAUUGAAAGAGAUGGGAGCAGUAAGAGACCUGUAGAGGAAACCCUCCCCCUGAGUUCUCCCAGCAUCUCCUUCUUUGGGUCAAAGCCAGAGCGAAUCUUCCGAGUGCUAGAUGGGGAUGGCUUUGUGUCCGUUUGCACAGAGGGCAGCUGGGAAGUAGACAGCGAGCUCAAGGAUGAGCCUGUGGUAGGAGUAGAGGAUCUGAGAAGGAAGCUGGUCAGCAGAAGGAAGGAACGAUAUCUCUCCUUUCCUGCUUCUUCACCCUGCUCUCCCCAGCCGCCGCCGCCACCACCACCGCCUCCUUCUCAUCCUCCAACCUCUACAUCCUCUUCCCCUUUAACGCCUCCUGAAGAUCAGGGUGGCAAGUGCUGCAAGUCCUCCAAAAGCUCCAAGGGCCACAGCCAGCAAAAAAGCAAAGAUAGAAAAGACGGAGAAAAGGAGAUUAGAAGAAAAAAGAGAAGGAAAGGCAAAGAGUGGGGUCAGGAGUUGAACAAGAAAAAGGCGCAAAAGAUGGGCAAAGAGGAUAAAGGAAGGAGCAGCAGGAGCAGCAGUCGGAAGAGGAAGAAAAGAUGGCACAGCAGCCCAGAGACUUCACGGUCCUGCAAUUCUUCAAGAAGAGAUGGCCACACCAGAUGGUCGUUUUCCAGCCUGUCUGAAGAAAGGCACAAAGAGAGGGAAAGGGAUAAACACAGGAGCCGGACUGGAGAUCGGGACAGAGACACAGACAGAGGGAGGGAACACAAUCGUAUCAGUAGCCACAGACGAGAUGGACGGGAUGAAGAUUUUAGCUCCAGAAAGAGGGAGAAGGAAAGGAAGGGAAAACAUCAUUCAAGGAGCAGAGAGCGAGGCAUUUCAGAGAGGUCCAAAAGAAGCAGAGAAAAGAGAGAAGGCAAUAGAGAUAGGGAACGUGACAGGGAUAGGAGACGAGACGGUCGUCCCGUCAUACCUCCGUCCAUCCAAGACCUCAGUGGGUCUGACCUCUUCGCUAUUAAGCGAACCAUUACGGUCACAACCACCACAACGACCACCACCGUUCCCGGGUCUCCGAGACUUACCCCAUCCUCUCCUGGGAGGGCCACAAAGGACUCCGACAAGCCCCGUAAAAAGAAGAGAAAAUGGCAUUCAGCUGGAGAGGCGGAGAAACAAGGCAGUUGUCAGAGCCGAUCGCAGUCGCUCUCACCUCCCAGGUAUCACAGCUAUGAGUCAGACCGCUAUUCAGAUAAACUGGAGAUUGAUGUGUUGUCUUUGGAUGGUGAAGCUUUGGACUCAGACUACCCAUCUUUGGAGGACACGCCCCCUGCUGCUCUGCCUCCAGAGGCUCCCGUCCCCAGCCCUAAAGCUACAGCUACGCCCAAGACUGGACAUGAACCCAAAAAGAAAUCUCGCACAUUAAAGAAAAUUGCCCGCUCUGAAGCGUCGGCUUCUGCCAGUACAACCAAAAGCAAAUGCCUCUCUUCACUGAUGGUCUCUUCCGGAUCUGCCUCUGUUUCCCCUGGCUUCCCCUCAGCAAAGCGAACCAGGAAGAUCAAAAAAGACAAAGACCGGGACAAAGAGAGCAGAAAAGACACGAGUCGCUCUGGGAAGUCCAAGAAAGAAGGUGGUGCUAGUCAGAAAGGUAAGCUUCAGUCUAAAGUGUCGGUUCUGGUGCGCGAAGGCGUAAGCAGUACCACGGGGUCUUCGGUUGGCUCUGGAAAACUGAACAUGGACCUUCUCGGCCCAGGUGGUGCAGCAGGGAGUACUGGGGGGUCUGUGGUGGGUGGCUCAAUUGCAGUUGUGUUCUGCAGGGACAAUGAAAGCAGGUCACCUUUUCUGAAACCUUGUUCAGAACCACUGUCACUGGGUGGGCGGAGUAAAGACCUGGUCAGUAUGGGAAAACGCAGCGGUCUAUCCGCACCGCCGUCAUCGCUGACCGGUCCUGCAGGAUUGAAAUCUAAAAAAGCAAAACCCAGCUCCAUUACAUCCACUUCCUCCUCAGCUUCCUCCCCUUCAUCUUCUUUGGUAACCAAGCGGCGCCGCCGCCUGGCCAAGAAGACGAGAGAAAAGGCCGAAGCAGCGGGGUUGACCGCUGGAGGCAGCAGCCAAACUAAAGUCAUGUCUGAAGCCUGGGGUGGGGGUGUCUCCUUAGAUGUUCAGUCAGGCGUUGGAGAUGGGAGCAAGUCGGUCAGUCCACAUACUGGCCAAGCUGGUCCCGCACCCUGCUCUUCCUCCUCGUCCACAUCCUCCUCCACUAGUGUGCUCCCACCAUCCUCGUCACCUCCUCAGACCCCUCCGCCACCUGUUGCACCAUCGUUGCGGGACACCAGGGAGUCUUCACCAGACUCUCAAACUGUAGACAGCAGCUGUAAGACUCCAGAUCCUUCUUUCUUAACUGAGGACUGUCCAAAACAACCUAGUCCUACACAACCAGCAUCCAGUCCUUCCAACCUGGCCACCUCACAAGGAGCUGGUCUCAGCAGCGCCCCACCCACGGCCAAGCUGCCAAGUCAGGAUGAUCUGUCAAAAUCUCUGGGCUCGCCUUCUUCCUUGUCCUCAACCGUCUGUGGUCUCCCUUCCCUGGCUCUACCCCUGUCUUCUUCUGAUCCAUCCUCAUCUGUGUCCUCUUCAUCUGCUGGUAAGCCACCUCCUCCUCCCCCUCCAGCUCCUGCACCCACUCUUCCUUGGAGUCUCCAGACUGGGGUGGACUGCACAACCGGAGGUGUCUUAGCAUUGACUGCUCUGCUCUUCAAAAUGGAAGAGGCCAAUAUUGCCAGCAGAGCCAAAGCACAAGAGUUCAUUCAAGCAACCAGCCAGAUGCUCUCACAGGCCAAUCAGAACCAGUCCCAGCAGCAUGUUCUCACUCCUUCAGCGUCCUCUUCCUCUUCAUCCUUACAAAUUCCUCCCCCUCCCUCUCUCCCCCCACCUCCUGGACUGAGCCCAGCCCAGUUCAUUCUGCACGGCUCCCUCCCAUUGGUUAGCUGCACUAAGACUCCACCUUCACACCUGCACCCUUCAAUAGCUGGUGGAUGCGCUCAGACUCCACCCUCCAUCGUACCUGUGGGGAUGACAGGUGUGUCUGGGAGUUCUAGUGACACUGGAUGGGACAAUGAGAGCAAAGACCCGGAUAAGUACCUAAAGAAGCUGCAUACACAGGAGCGGGCAGUAGAGGAGGUCAAGCUGGCGAUCAAGCCUUACUAUCAACGCAAAGACAUCAACAAGGAAGAAUACAAAGACAUCCUCAGGAAAGCAGUGCAUAAGAUCUGCCACAGCCGCACUGGAGAAAUCAACCCAGUCAAAGUCAGCAACCUUGUGAAGCUGUAUGUUCAGCGCUACAGAUACUUCCGUAAACACGGGCGCAAAAUGGACGAGGAAGAAAGGGAUGACAGGGAGCCAGGAGCGCUGCAUCCCUCUGCCUAAUACAAGACUUUUGGGUGGGGGGGUGUUCCACCUUUGCCACAAUCUGCUCAAUACGUGAGCAGUUCGCUGAUUGUCAUUGCCUAAUUUUAUUGUUUCCAUACCUUCCCUUGUCUAUACUUUCAUGUAGAAGUAUGUAUCCUCAUCGCUGUAAUCAUGUUGUAAAUAUUCCUUUCCAAAUGUAUCAUGAACACAAGGUUCAGUAAGUAGAUCCUGUCUAGACACUCGUGUGAGCUAAUACAGUCCCAGAUUGAACCCUGCAAUAAAUCCUACCUUUGUCAAGGGUCUAGUUCUUAGUUUUUGUUGGUUGGAUUUGUUAGAAGUGUCUCAAUGGUGGGACUAAUUACAGGACCUUUUUUAAUAGUAUUGAAUUAAAUGUUUCUCCUCUCCUUUAUAUCAACAUCCAAACUGAGAGGAGAUGUGAUACCCAGCUGCACACCAAAAGGAGUUAAACAAUACUAAACAGAAGUGCUGCGUGUCCCUGUGUCUUUACAGGCAGCUUGUAGGCUGUUGGUCACUGCUGAUUUCUUUUAUUGUGUAUUCUGUGCAUGUUACUGAGACUGACAGUUAUACUCAGUCUCUUUAUAAAUGACCAACACACUAUAAAUGUUGCUUAACACUGGUAAACAUUGUAUUAUUUAUUUUGUCUGCUCUCUGUCAGUUGUUUCUGUUCAUAGAGAGACUGUUCAGGACUUUCUCCACCCGUCUACCACAGCUGUAGCUGCUGCUGGAGCCUCACGUCACAGGCUAGACCGUCCAGUUUAACCAUCCUGAGACUGGGUAGGGUCCUUCAAAGGCUGCAGCCCCUGAACUUGGACGCAGCCUGUAGACUAAACUAUAAUAAUAUAACAGACUGUAUAUAACUACAAACUCUGCCCAGCUGUGUCGAUCACUUAUCUAUUUUGGCCCCAGCUGUUCCUAAUAAACACUACAUGAUGGUCCCACGUGACCUCUGUUACAUAAAUGUAUAUACGAUCCACUAACACGUCAUUUUCCAAGUUGAAUUCAUGUGCAGAGAAGAGACACAGGCAGACUACACUAACAGGAUGUGAUGUUACAACAAUAGUCAAAUAUUAGUGUGUAAUAUUUGUCCAAAACACAUUUGUUAUGGAAU